UUUUACUUAUUCACACAAUUUUGUCCCGAAGACAAAUAAAUUGAACCAGUAAUGCCGUGAUAGAAUGAUUUAGAUGAUAGAAGUUGUGAAAUUUAAGAAAACUCGUCGUAAUAUUUCGUGAUACAUAGUUUGAUAAAUUGGCUGUGCUCGGUGAUAUUUUAUCAUAAUUCACGAUGGUAUUUCAUUACUUUACAAAAUAUGAUUAUUAAAUUCAUCAAGCUCACUGCGAUUCUCAUGAUUCUUAUGAGUUUACAAAAUGGAACCUCCGUUGCUAAAAUUCUACCUAGAAAACCAAGGGACUUUUUAACUCCAGUCAAAUAUGCUGCCAAAGCAAUAUGGAAUACAGUGAAGAUGGACAAAAUGGAAGUUUCUCUUACAAUAAUAUACCGUAAAAAUUCUAAACAAGAAGAAGUUCAUCUCUCUCUAAGCAGCAAUCAAUCAGUAUCCGGAUUACCGCGUUCAAUCUUCAAAAAAGAAAUUGUAUUCAUUACUCAUGGAUUUUUAUCCGAUGGCGAUGAAUUUUGGGUGAAAGAUAUGGCUGAAGCAUAUCUUGCCCGGAAGAAUGUGGUCAUCGUUACGGUCAACUGGGGUGCUGGAGCUUUGAUUACUAUUUAUUCUAAAGCUGUUAAGAAUAUGAUAAAAGUUGCAAAGAUGUUGGUCGACUUCAUUACCAACUUGAUUGAGCAUCACAGAGUUAAAGCUUCCAGGAUUCAUUUAAUUGGAUUUAGUUUGGGAGCUCAUCUUUUUGGAAUCGUGGGCAAAGGAAUACCUGGAAUUCAUCGAAUAACAGGAUUAGAUCCAGCUAGAAAAUAUUUCGAAAAUAAUACAGAACACCGACUAUCCAAAAAUGAUGCACGAUAUGUUGAUGUUGUUCAUACUAACACCAUAGACCAUGGUUUUGGUUUACCUGAUUCCGUUGGUCAUGUAGAUUUUUAUAUUAAUGGUGGUAAGAUUCAACGUGGUUGCAGAUCUUUCGUUAAGUCUUUAGAUAUUCUUUAUAGAUAUGCUUGCUCUCAUGGCAAAUCUGUUGAGUAUUUUAUCGAAUCAAUUAAAAAUAUCGAUUGUGUUUUUGUCGGAUUUCGGGAAAUGAAUAAUUCACGUUAUACAACAGCGCAUUUAGGAUUAGACACUUUCAAACAAAAGAAUACCGUCGGAGACUAUUACAUUGUUACAAAUGCACAAUCACCGUACUGCAUGAAAUGGCAGUAAAAGAACGAAUUUCCAGUAUUAAAAUUGCAUCAGCGAGGCAUCUACACAGCAAGUUCAUUGGUCUGGUAGUCAACUGUAAAGCUAACCUCGAAAUGAGAAACAUCCACAAUCACUCUUCUGCAGUUUCAUGAGAAAAGUUCAACAGAAUACCUACUUCAAGCAGGAAUUAAACAAUUCAAGUGCAAUUUUAUGAACGAACAGAACGAGUUGAGUGACAAAAUAUCCAAUUUGAACUAAAACAAUAAUCGAUGAUCUCAUUUUUGGUGAAUGAUGUUAUUUACAUCGAAUAAUUCAUUUUUCACGAAAUAUUUAGGUACCUAGGUACACCUUUUUCUUUUUUUCCAUACAAAAAAUUAUCUUUCCAGCAUCAAUUCAUUAACAAUGAUCAAAACAUAAAAUUGUAGAAAGUAAAACACCGAAAAUUUUCUAUCGAACAUAAUAUGUAUAUGCACUUAUAUGUGAAAUGAAAAUAUAAACCUUGCAAAAGCAUUCGAUUUAAGUAACUACCUACCUUACUGAAUUAUUUUAGCUUAAUCACGUUGAGAUGUUCGGUAUUUAAAAUACAUAUUUUUUAAAAAUUA